UAAAACACAACAGAGGAGAUAGAUAGUCGGAGGAGCCGAGAAAUCAAAAUUAGGGCUAAAGUUAGCCGGAAAUCUCAAAAAGAUAAAAACUUUAAUGGCGAGGACGGGAACCGCGAAGAAGAACGGGGCGGGGCAAUUCUUCCUAGCGACGCUGCUUCUAUGGCUAGUCUCCGUCGUGUUUGAGAUUGCAUUCAACCUAAGAACAGAGCUUCUCUGGGUGAUUGGCGGCGGAUGCUUCUUUCAAUCGGUGAAUUGGUUCGUUCGCUCUUGCCUCUCUCGCGACCCUCUCUUCGUCAACACCUCCGUCUCGCUUCUACACUCAAUCAUCACCUCCGCCUCAGUGGUUUUCAUUCUGCUCAACCAAUGCUUAGCCAAAGGUGUAGACGAGAUGUUCGAUCAUUCGGAGCUCGUUGGUGGGAGUUGGAGAUGGGCGUACCAAGCUCUGUGUUCCUCUUGCGGCUACUUUGCUUAUGACCAGUGGGAUAUGCUUCAGUACCGGUUGUACAGCGGCUUGAUCCCUUCCAUUCUCGUUCACCACCUCGUCCUCCUCGUUUGCUUCACUUUGGCUCUUUACCGUAACGUUACCAUCAACUACCUCAUCCUCACUCUCAUUUGCGAGAUGCAUUCGAUCUUUCUGCACGUGAGGAAGCUGAGGAGGAUGGCGGGAAUCCGAGACAGCAACACGGCCUUGGUGAAACUGGAGUGGGUAUUAAACUGGACGGCCUUUGUGUUUGCGAGGUGCGUUCCUCACAUUCUCAUCACUGUCAAGCUGAUCAAAGACGCGCGUAAGUUUGGGAGGGGCGUGGAGUGGCCGCUCGCUCUGUUUGGUAUGGCUGGAAUGAAUAUACUCAAUGUGGGUCUUGGAAUGGAUCUGUUCCAUGCUUUUAGAAGAGAGAGAAGCAACAGACGAAAUCAAGAGAAGAGCAACCAUGUAGAAUGAUUUAAGCCAAUUUAAGAGCAAUCAUCAACUGAAUCCAGGGUUUAUUGUAAGGCUACUACUACACACUCAUUUGUUGUUUAUGUCUGAGGCGCUUUGCUACUAUGUUCUAUUAGCUUUCAGAUUUUUUUUGUAUGUACUAUAAGGAAAAACUACAUGUAAAUGUUAUUUGUUGAUCAUUUUUUU